CCGCGGCGCGCCCGGGCGGCGGCGGCGACGGACGCCGGCUGCGCCGCCAGCAAGGCCUCGCUGCACGCGCACGGCUACGUGCGCGACCCCUACGCGGCGCUGCUGGGCCCCGGGCGCGCGCGGCGCGCGCCGCUGGUGCACCGCGGCUACUACGUGCGCGCGCGCGCGGUGGAGGCCUGCGUGCGCCACUUUCUGGAGCGCGCGCGCGCGGCCGCCGCCGCCGCCCCCGCCUCCGCCGCCUCCGCCGCCGCCGCCCCGCAGAUCGUGUCGCUGGGCGCGGGCUCCGACUCGCUGUACUUUCGGCUGCGGGCGUCGGGCGGGCUGGGCGGCGCGGCCGUGUGGGAGGUGGACCUGCCCGCCGUGGCCCGGAGGAAGGCGGCGGCCGUGCGGGCCCGGGCCGAGCUGGCCGAGCUGCUGGGGCCCGAGGAGGCGGCGCCGGGCCCCCCCGCCCUGUGCCUGGCCGGCCCGGCCUACCGCCUGCUGGCCGGCGACCUGCGGGACCCGGCCGGCCUGCAGCGGGCCCUGGAGGCGGCGGGGCUGCGGCCCGAGGCGCCCACCCUGCUGCUGGCCGAGGCCGUGCUGGCCUACCUGGAGCCGGCGGCCGCGGCGGCGCUGCUGGCCUGGGCGGCCCGCCGCUUCCCCGCCGCCCUCUUCGCCGCCUACGAGCAGCUGCGGCCGGCCGACCCCUUCGGCCGGGUCAUGGGCGCCCACUUCCGCCGGCGCGGGGCGGCCCUGCUGGGCCCGGCCGCCUGCCCCGACCUGGGGGCCCUGCGGCGCCGCUUCGAGGCGGCGGGCUGGGCGGCCUGCGGCGGGGCCGACAUGAACGAGUUCUUCCGGCGCCGCGUGGGCGGGGCGGAGCGGCGGCGCCUCGGGGCGCUGGAGCCCUUCGACGAGUUCGAGGAGUGGCACCUCCAGUGCGCCCACUACGGCGUGCUGGUGGCCGCCUCCGGGCCGGCGCUGGGCCCGCCGCCGUUCCCCGCGGGGCCCGGGCCGGCGGGGCCGGCGGCGCGGGGCCCGGCGGUGCGGGCCCGGCCGGCGGGCGGCCCCGGCCCGCGGCGCUUCGGCCACGCCUCGGCCCGGCUGGGCCCCGACCUCGUGGUCAGCGCCGGCGGCUUCGGCGAGCGGGCCGGCCGCGGCCACGGCCGGCUGGGCGGGCUGCACGUGCUGCGGCGGCGGGCCGACGGCGGCUGGGAGGCCGCCCCCGGCGGGCCCGCCCCGCCCGCCCCGCCCGCCCGGCUCUUCCACACCCUCAGCCCGCUGCCGGGGGCGCGGCUGCUGGCGCUGGGCGGGCGGCGCUCCCCGCUGGCGCCCGAGCCGGACCCGCUGUGCUGGGCCCUGGGGCCCGGGGACCCGCCGGCGGCCGAGGCGCGGCCCGCCCCGCCGGGCGGCCGGCUCCGGCGCUGGCGCCACACGGCCACCGAGGUGGCCUGGCGGGGCGCCCGCCUCCUCUUCGUGUACGGCGGGCGGAGCGACGCCGAGCCCGUCCUGGGGGACUGGGCCUUCCUGCGGCUCGACGGGCUGGAGCGGGCCGAGGUGGCCGUGGAGGGGCCGGCCCCGGCCCCCCGCCACUCGCACGGGGCCUGCCCCUGGCGCGGGGGCGCCCUGGUCGCGGGGGGGCUGGGGGCCGACGAGGAGCCCCUGGGCUGCGUGCACUUCCUCCGGCCCGCCCCCUCGGGCUUCCGCUGGGAGCGGCUGGACGUGCGGCCCCCGCUCUGGCCCAGGUACUCGCACACGGCCCACGUCCUCGACGGCCGGCUGCUGCUGCUGGCGGGCGGCGUCUGGAUCCCCCCGUCCUUCUCCCCGGCGCAGACCCCCGGGGUGGCCGCCGUCGACCUGGCCACGGGCCGCAGCUCCGAGCACCCCAUCGACGCCGCCGCCGUCCCGUGGCCGCUCAUGCUGCACAACCACACCGGCGUCCUCCUGCCGGAGGAGCGCCGGCUGCUCCUGCUCGGCGGGGGCGGGACCUGUUUCUCCUUCGGGACCCACCUCAAUCCCCAGCCCGUCGCCCUGGAACUCGCCGACCUCGGGGCCGGGCCGUGCUAGCGGG